UUCUCAAGUCAAAACAAAAAUAACAACAUGGCGGACGAAUGUGGCAAAUCGCAUACAUUCAGCGAAUUACAAAUCACUUAGGAACCAUUAAGCAUCAAAUCUUUCGAUGUCAUUUUUAGAGACAUGACCACAGACACGUCAUGGAUGAACGAAACUGCUUAAGAAGGGUUAGGAGUUGGUGGAAAUAGUUUUGAAGUUUAUCUUAUGGUCAUCCAUCGUCAUAAAUCAUAUCGAUCACUUUACGUACACUUGUUUACCACACUUUAAUACUGAUCUGAAGAAAUACCUCAAUGUGUUACACCAAGAAAAAAACACGAGCAAUGAAAUAAUCAUACUCUGAAAAAAGUCUUCAGAAGGAAACGGAAACAGAAUCUCAACAAGUUUACCUUCGUGCCGAAGUAAUUUUCAGGCGCUAACCUAAAGUUAUCCUUGCGGUGGUUUUAGAUGGCACGGGAAGAUAUGGAAAUAACCGAUCAGGAAAUUUGCGUUUUAAAUCAUUUUCAGGGCGAAACUGUUUGCUAGCCUUUAGUGCUACUAGAGGGGAUAAUAUGUCCAAACAGCGAAACAUCCGGACCCAAAAGAAUUCGUCGACUGUCCACCACUAGAUCAGAUGCUUCCAGUAACCCUGAGUCAGAAAUGGGAAAUAAGAUACAAGCUCUGGAUUCAAAAUGGAUUGGGAAAGAAUUGGAAGUUGCUCAAGAUGAUUUGUCUAUACUGAUUAAAUGUGGUGAUCACGAAAUGUCAUGGCCAGUAGUUAGUAAAGGUUUCAAGGUGGUUGUUCCUCUUAACACUGGAGAAAACUUGAUUGUGUUGAAAGUGCCGCAUAGAACAGAAAUGAAUGAACUUAAACUCAAGUUAACAUAUACACCAGUCACAAUAUCAAGAUUUGUUCGUGUGGUUUACAUCAAGUGUGCUGAUAGUGAUGGAUCAUUUGAUGCUCCUGCAAAUGUUCCAUGUGGUGUAGAUUCUGCUAUCAAAAGACUUGCUUUUAAUUCCCGACUUCUUCAGACAUUUACAGCUGAAAGUUUGUACCAACAUGGUCUAGGACGCCAGACAUUCUGUAUUGAGGAAGAUGACACUGGAUCACCCAAGGUUCACAUAUUCACCAGUAAACUGAAGACUUGUGAAGCUCUUGGUAUGACAGGGGAUCAGCUGUAUGCAUUUUUUAACAAGGAACUGAAAUCAUCAAGCCUCUUUGACCCCAUGUGUAAGUUUUGGACUUUCAUGUCCUGCACCCAUUAUGAGCCACCUUCCCCACAUCUGUUUGAUGAGAAGCAUGUUACAAAGUACAUCAAAGCUCACACAGCUCUUGGAGGGAGUCACCUUGCUCUCUUUGGUAUGGGAGGGCUCCACACUUGGGCCCCAAGUAUUAAAGAGUUGGUGCCAUGUUUUACUGAUGGACAGAUGAUUGACAAAUUACAACUCUUUGAUGACAGUGGUGGAAGAGGAACUUACUGGGCAAAUUAUGCCACUGGUUUGGGUGCCUCUAUACAUGAACUUGGUCACUGCUUUGACCUGGCGCACACACCAAAAGGUAUUAUGGGAAGGGGAUUUGAUGAUAUGAACUGUGUGUUUACCAUGUGGAAGCAACCCACAUCUCCAGGAAAGGACACUUUAACGACAGAGAAAUCAGUUGUUGAUACUGCUAAAGAAAAAUCUGCUGACCAAGCUAUAGCUACUGCUGAAGUAUUAGCCACAGGAAUCCCAGGUGCUGAGGGUCUUGUGCCCAAAUCAAUGAGCUGUACUACCAGUUCCUCCAGUGGCAACACUGACCUUGCCACACCCAAUGAAUGGUCACACGGUGCACACUGGUACAGAUCCUCAGCUGUUUUACUCAGAUAUCACAAAUGGUUCUCCACUUCAAAUGUGAGAGAUAAUGACAUCCCCUCUAAAAAGCCCAUAGUACACUGGUCAAGCACUCUCUGUGGUCCUGUUGGUAAUUGUGGGGGCUGUCAUCAGAAGAAUCAGCUGUCAUUCAACAGCGUCAAGUGGCUUGAGUCCCAGGGUGCAGUUCUAGGGGGUUUUAUUAUUCAUGCCGAGGAGUAUGUGAAUUGUAUACAGGUCUUAGGGAGUCAAGAAAAAGCGGAAAGUGGUGAGUGUCAGGAAGUUCUUUCUGAACCCCAUGGAACAGAUGGCGUGGGUAAGCGGUAUAUAUUCACCAUCAACUCUCCAGAGGAAUACAUCACAGCUGUUGAUAUCAGAGCUGGUGGAUGGAUUGAUGCUAUUAGAUUCCAUACAAACUACAAAUCCAGUGUUUGGAUGGGAGGGGUGGGUGGAGAUGAAUGCUGCCUGAGACCCUCCCCUGGGAGAAACAUUCUUGGUUUAAUGGGAACAAGUGGAAUGUAUGUUGGAUCGCUUGGAGUACUGCUUAGCAGUGAUUUAGAUAAGGAAAUAACACCAACAGAUGAGUUAGACCAACUAGUUAUAGAAGCACCCCUCGGGAUUCGGCUUAUUGAGCUCUGGGAUAAGAAAUACAGUGAAGUGUACCAACAUUGGGAAUUCCUACAGCCACACCCACCCAACACGUUCACCCUGUCCAGAUCAGAUGCCAAGGACCAGGCUUCAACUCUCCUAGUUGAAGAUGACCAGGGAAACAUCUUUCGCACAGCUUUCGUAUACAAUUACAAUGACUUCAUUUGAUGCAACGAUCUGCAAUCUGCGAUUGUAUUGGUUAUAAACUAAUAAACUCUUCGAUUUGUCAAGGAAAUUCACUACGUUGUGAGCAGUGCGUGGAAAAACGUGCCGGUAGUUUUAACUGGAGUAGAUAGAGGGAAAUUAACAAAAGAGGGGGGCGGUUCUGAUCCCGUUUCACGCACAAAGUUUAGAGAAAAUCACGCGACAGAUGUCAUUUCACGCGUCACAGUAUUUCACGCGUCACGAAUUUAAAAGGAAAAGCUUCAAAUCUCAGCUUACUGCCUUUCUGUUAAAUUCAUGCUUCUUAAGUUUGGGUUGAAUCACGCGUCUGUCGCCAAUGGAAAGGUCACGGUGCUUUAAUCACUAGAAAUCGUGAUUUAUUGUUCAUUCUCAAAAUUUACAAUGCUGUUCACUUCCUCGAUCUACACAAGUAGUAGUCCUAAUCCCUCUCUAAAAACCAAUUGACAUUGAUCUUGCGAAAUUUUUCAUAAUAACAAUAAUAAUUAUAAUAAUAAUAGUGUAUUAGACUGAAUGACGCUGGUAAUACUAUGAAAUAUCAAAUGAAAAUUAUAAAUUUCUAAUUGAAGCCAUAAUUAUGGAAUUUUCAAAACGGUCGGUACGAUAGCGGGGUUCAGUAGAGAGUAUGGUGUUUCUUAAUGGUAUCUUGACAUAUUAAUCAAUUUAAACGCCACUUACAAACCGUUAA